AUGCCGAGAUCUACUCGGCAGUUCAGAAACCUGCCCAGGGCGGCAAUCCGAGCACAACCUGCAAUUACAAAGACAAAUCAACAACUACGCUUCUACUCACAACCCGAACGCCCCUCGAAAAUCUACACUUUCGAAGAAAUCCGCGCUCUCACCAAAUCCCCUUCCGCCGACAAAAUCCUAAUCGAUACCCGCGAACCAGGCGAACUCCAAGCAACAGGCACGAUUCCGGGCUCCGUCAACAUCCCCGUAACGUCCAAACCAGAUUCAUUCUUCAUCACGCCAGAGGAGUUCGAAGAUCGAUUUGGGUUUGAGCGGCCGGGGAAGGAGACGGAGGUUGUGUUCUAUUGUAAGUCGGGGGUGAGGAGCAGGGCGGCGGCGGGACUUGCGAGGCAGGCGGGGUGGGAGAAUGUUAGUGAGUAUUCGGGGAGCUGGUUGGAUUGGGAGAAGAAUGGUGGGGAGAGUGAGAAGGUUAGGUGA